CCCCGCCUUCCCAGAGGAGAACGAGAGGUCGAGAGAGGGAGGAGGCGGGGGCGCGAAGAGGAGGGACGAAGAGAAGGGUGGAGCUGGAAGCGAAAAGGAAGAAGAGAAAAAGAAGAAGGGCGUACACAGACGUAACUUUGACGGGCGUGGACGGGCGUUGCAGGGCGUGACGGGUCAGCUGAGGUUACGCCGAAAUCAUGAGGCUGCGACGCGUGUGGGUGCGGCACAGGGAGAAGCUCCUGGUGGCGGCGCUGCUGGUGCUCACGGGCAUCAUCAUGACUUCGCCCAAGCCGCUCGCGAGGCUCGUCCGGCAGGAGGAGGAAGGUGUGGUAUUGGUGGACGGAGUAAGGAAGAAAAAUUACCACGACUAUAAUUAUAUGAAACUGGAAACUCAGCAGAGAGGGUUAGGGGAACAAGGAGCUGGUGCCACCCUACCUGCAGGUCUUGAAAAGGAGAAAGAUGAAUUUUACAAAGUGAAUGGUUUCAACGCCCGACUCUCUGAUGAAAUAGCUUUAAAUCGCUCCCUCAAAGACAUCAGGCAUCCAAAAUGCCAAAAAUAUUUGUACAUGGCGGACCUCCCAACUGCUGCUGUUGUUGUCCCAUUCCAUAAUGAACAUUGGUCCACUCUCCUGCGCACGGCCUUCUCUGCAUAUAACCGCGCUCCAAAACACUUGCUGAAGGAGAUUAUUCUUGUGGAUGAUGCUAGUACAAAAGAUUUCCUCGGCAUAAAACUAGACAACUACCUGAAGGAGAACCUCCCCAUUGCAAGGGUGGUCCGGCUGCCCUCACGUUGGGGGUUGAUUCGGGCCCGGCUGGAAGGGGCAAAGCAUGCAAAGGCCGACGUGCUCAUUUUCCUCGAUUCUCACACGGAAUGCACAACAAACUGGUUGCCACCGCUUUUAGAACCUAUUGCUCAAAACUACAAAACAGCAGUGUGUCCUUUCAUUGAUGUGAUCGACUAUGAAACCUUCGAGUACAGAGCUCAAGAUGAGGGGAGAAGAGGGUCAUUUGACUGGGAAUUCUACUACAAGAGAUUGCCCCUUUUGGCCGAGGACGAGGCCAAUAUGCCGUUGCCGUUCAAGAGCCCAGUCAUGGCAGGAGGCUUGUUUGCCAUAAGUUCCAAAUUCUUCUGGGAGCUCGGAGGAUAUGACCCUGGCCUUGACAUAUGGGGGGGAGAACAGUACGAGCUUUCUUUUAAAGUGUGGCAGUGUCAUGGGGUCAUGUAUGAUGCUCCGUGCUCCCGAAUCGGACACAUUUAUCGGAAGUUUGCACCGUUCCCCAACCCAAGAAAAGAUAACUUCAUUGCUAGAAAUUACCGUCGUGUGGCAGAGGUUUGGAUGGAUGAAUACAAGAAAUACCUUUACAUGAGACAACCUGGAUGGCUACAGACGGAUACUGGAGACAUUAGCGAGCAGCUGGCAGUUCGAGAGCGUAACAAGUGUAAGCCAUUCCAGUGGUUUAUGGAAAAUGUGGCCUUUGAUCUUGCUAAACACUACCCGCUGAUUGAACCCCCAGACUACUGUAAUGGAACAAUUCAGAGUCUGGCUGACCCAAAGCUCUGUGUAGACACCAGGAUGAAAGGGCAGUUUGAACGGCUGGAUUCCCUGGGUGAAUGUAGUGCAAGUUCUCAGUUCCAGUUCCAGCUCACAGCAUACAAGGAUUUGCGACCCCUAAAAAGCCAUAAUUGCUGGGAUGUACCUGAUCUUCAAGCGAAGCAUGCACCUGUCUUGCUUUUCGGCUGCCACAAAGGCCUUGGGAACCAGAUGUGGAAGUAUGAUAUGGAAAACCAGUUUAUUCGGUUUGGCCAUGAUGGUACUCACUGCCUCGACUCAAGCACCAUAAACAGGGAAAUCUUUGUCUCCCGGUGUGACAUGACCUCCCAGACGCAGAAGUGGAAGUGGGGCUUCUUUAACGAGGAAAGAUUACGCAACUAUGAUAAUCUAGAUCCCAGACCUUAG